AACUCCUUCAUAGUAGAAUAGAUUAUAUCAACAAUAGUUUUACAACUUUUAAAAUGUUUUUAAAAAAUAGAAAAAUAAUCAUUUUUUAGAAUUCAAAAGCAAAAUUUAUCUCUCAUUUAAUAGUUGUUUUUCCAAUGUAUGUAAAUAUGGUAAAAAAUAAUAAUUCCUGCCGAUGAUAAACUGAAGGUAUAAAUAAGAGUUUGAAACUUUAUUUCUUACUAUAAAAUUGUUUCUCUUGUCGUAAUUAUCGAUUAAGAAAACAUUUUUCGUUCUUCAUUUAAAAGCGAAAACAAUUAAAAUGCAAUUUUGGUUUUUACCAGUACUAUCUGUAAUUACAGUAGUUUAUUGUGAAGAAAUGGAUUUAGACCAACUUUCUGCUUUACUGUAUAGUGGAAUAAAUCAAAGUGCAGAUCCAUGUGACAAUUUUUAUGAUUUUGUCUGUGGUAAAUGGGUUAAAAACAAUCCUAGUGUUGAGUAUAUUAAAAAAAGUUGGGACCUCUCCGAAUUGACAAAAUUUAAAUUUAUUAAUAUAGUCAAAGAUAUUCUGGAAGGGAAUGCUAAUAUGAAAGAUAAUGCAAAACUCUCCAUGGAAAAGAUGUACUACAAAUCGUGCAUUGAUGAGGAUUAUUCAGUAAGAAACGGAAAAGCAAUUUUUGCAGAUGUAAUGUCUAAAACUAACUGGGAAGGACAAUCCUGGCAAGAUGUGGCUAAAUAUUUUGCUACAAUAGUUGGUGAAACUUUUCUUUUUCAAAUUGUGCUCGACGAAGAUACGAGCUUGAAUAUUGUAAAACCAUACAAGUCGAGGACAAACUCUAUACCAUUUAGAGAUGAACCGGUAUCAUAUAAGCAUAAUAUACAUGUCUUCUUGAGUCAACAUAAAAAAAUUACAAAAAAAACUUUAGAUAAACACAAAACGUCAUUGCUAAAGUUUAUGCAAAGAAUAAACAAGCUCGUGCAUGAUGAGGAUUUAGAAAUUGGAACUUAUACUAUUGGAGAAUUACAAAAAUUCUAUGAUUCCAAGUGCUCUUCGUUAAACGAUAAUUCGAAGAUUAAUUGGCUUGAUUUUCUUCGACUGCUUGCUGAUGACAAGGAAAAUUCUAUAGACCCAUCUUUUAAAGUAGUAAUUAAUACGAAUUAUAUUCUUCAAUUGUGUAGAAUCUUAAGUAAAACACCAAUCUCGACAAUUGUACUAUACAUGCAAUUCAAUUUUGAAUUUACUCCCGAGAUAUAUUAUUCUCUUAACACAGUGGAAGGUGUUAACAGUUCUCCUGAAAGGUCCUAUUAUUGUUUAAACAAUAUACCAAUGACACUUGGAUUUAGUGAUGUAAUAAUGAAUAAUAAGGAAUUCGAUGGAAGAGAGAGAUUUGUCAUGAAACUCCUUGAUCAUUUCAAGCCCAUAUUAAGAGGAGAAAUUGAUAAUAGUUGGAUUGAUCAUGUCGCGAGAAAUGACGCUCUAAAUAUAAUAUCAGAGAUAAAACUUCUUUUUUUGCCACUUAAUUACGUGUUCAGCGAAUUCAUGUUAGAGAAGACAACAUUUUCGUACAAUUUCGCUAUAAGUAGAAGCGCUUUCCAGAAUUUGAUUAACUUUAAAAAGGCUCAAACUGUACAUUAUUUUCAAUUGGCCCAAAAUAAACAGCAAUCGAAAAGCAAGAACAACAGAAGAAGCAAAAGAGAGAUGAAAAUGCACUUGUCUUACGAAGAAGGUGAAAAUUCGUUAAUGAUAUCGCCAAUACAUUUAUUUGCACCCUAUUAUCAUCAUCAAGCACCAACCGCCUACAAUAUUGGAAAAAUGGGAGAUUUAAUCGGUCAUGAAAUGUCUCAUGCAUUUGAUAUUGAUUUUAUUUCUAAGAAAUAUAAAAAAUCUUGGAAUGAAGAGAAUCCAGACAUGGCAACAAUAUUUAACGAAAGGAAAACCUGUCUCAUAAAUCAUUACAAUAAUUUAAAUGUGAAUGGUGCGGCUACUCUAAAUGAAAAUUAUGCUGACUUACAAGGAUUAAAAUUGUCAUUUAAAGCGAUGAGACAAAUAAUUGACGCUCAUCCAUCUUUAGGAGAGAAAACACUACCAGGUUUUGAACAAUUCAAUACAAACCAAUUGUUCUUCAUUUCCUUUGCAAAUAAUUUUUGUGAAAAGUCAGUAACAAAUAAUGAUGAGGAUCAUGCACCAUCUAUGGCAAGAGCUGUUGGUACUUUGAAGAAUAUGAAGGAAUUUGCAGAUGCAUUUAAUUGUCGAAAAGGUCAACACAUGAAUCCAAUACACAAGUGUGACUUCUGGGAGAAUGAAAAUCCAUAGUCUGCAUAUUAUGCUUUGCUUUCUAUAACUACGAUAUACUAUUUAUAGUAAUUACGAAUAUAUUCUUAAAUAACGGAAUGUUUAAAAAAUAACUAUCUAAGCUAUCUUGACUAUUUUAAAAACUAUGACUAUCCAGCGUAUAUUUUACUUGCUUUAACUAGAAUAUUUUACGAAAUGUUAAAAAAUAAUUAACAAUAAAAACUUAAAUAAAACUUUCAUUUUUUGAAAUUUAAAGAAAAUGUUUUAUAUAAAUUAAAAAAGCACAUGAAAAAUUGUUUCCUUAAAAUCAAACGCAUUUUUUUUGACACAGGAUAAAUAAUCGAAUAUAUUAAGUAUGCAAUACUUCUACGACUUUAAAACUUUCUUUUAAAAAUAUAGAAUCGAUUCAAAAAUGUUGUUCAGAAUAUGGAAAGCAAAGUUUAUCUCUAAUUUUAUAGAUAUUUUUUUCGAUCUCUGUAAAUACGGUAAACAAUAAUAACUCGUGCUGAUGAUAAACUGAAGGUAUAAAUAUGAGUUUAAUAAAAUAAUUUUAACUAAUUGAGUUUUUACAUAAAUUUAACAAAAAUUUAUG